AAAGAAAAGAAAGAAAGUUCAUAGCCAAGUGAAAAAGCGCAACCGCCGGAAAAAUAGCAAACCACACACCUGUUAAAUUUGUGAAAAUUUUCGUGAUUCGCUGUCUGUUGCAAUCGGUUGUUAUUGAGGAAUUGUGAUAUUGUAGAUAAUUGAAUUAUAUGUGAUAAUAAAAAUCAAACUUAUGAAAACUAACCAUCGAACAUUCGAAACAACUUUGUUGAUCGAACGUGACAAAUAAAGUGUGUGAGUGUAUUGUUAUCGUUGAAAGCCGCCAAUUAAGUUUGUUGUUCGAAUCCUGUUGGGCAAACGGUAAUUAUGUUUUCCUGUUGUCGCUGCGUAAAUCCCAAAUCGCCAAAGUACAAGAAAAAGGGCGUAGAGGAUGACGAUUCGAGUGGUGAAGGCAAUAAAGAUCCCUGCCAGGGUGAAAAUCUCUCGAGUGAGGAAGAAAUCAAAGUGGAAAUAAUUGAAACUGAAGAAAAACCAGUGGAUGCGGAACCUGCACAGGUUCAAACGCAACCAUGUGAUGUGACGGAGACAAUCGUGGCUGAUGGGGGUGAUUCUUCAUCAGGAGAAAAAGUUUCGGUGGAGCAGCAGGAGCCAUCUCACACCAGUAGCCCCAAGACAUCUCCGAAUAAGAGUUCAACGUCUAGUGAACAACAGCAACCUUCCGUUGUGCAGGAUGCCAAGGCAGAGCUCCCUGCAUCAACGGAUCAGUCAUGCCCCGUCAGUGCCAACGGUUCUACAGCGGACAUUAUACCCACCACGGUGGCGGAGAUGGAGGAUGCGGGUGAAAUCACUGCCAACGAGAGCAGCUCCAGUAGGAUGAAAUGUGAAGAGAAUGGCGCAAUAGUUGAACAACCAAAGAUUUCCACCAUCAGCCCCACGAAGAGUGAGCCUGAACCAGAAGAAAAAUCAGACCACAACUCAAACGAUGAUUCCCAUUCAUCGGAUACGGACAAUAUCAGUUCGGAGAACCUUGAGCAGACAUCGGAAAUCGAAAUUGUGCUGGUACCUGAAAAGCAAUCGCCGGAAAUCCAACCGGAAUCGGAUGGAACAGAGGGCGAACCUGACAUCGAACUACCACCACCACCACCACCCGUGGAACGAAUUCAACGCUUGCAGAGCGACACAAGCAACAGCCAAACUACAAUCGAGGAAACCAUUGACGUUCAAAGCUAUUUAUCGAAAGAGUCUGAAAGUAAAGAAAAUUCCCAGUUAGAGGAAGCGAUUAGUGAAAGUGAUAAAGAAAACAGUAUCAAAGAGAUGUGUACCGAUGACAAUCUUGUGCCUAAGACUGCACCGGAUAAAGCUGUAGCCGAUUCCGAAGAACCCAUUAGUGAUGUUAUACCCGAGAACACAUUUUUCAGCAGUUCUGUAGUGUGUGAGCCUGCUGAACCCAACGAAAACUGCCAAAAUCCUCCGAGUCGCAAAGAAUCGGCCAAUAGUGACGACUCCACCACUCGCACCCAGUUAUCAUUCAAGGAGAGUUGUCUCUCUCGGCGGUCGUCGUCCAAGUCAUCAAUCAAGAAAAAAGUAGCAUACAACGAUAGUACCGAAAUAAUUCCCCCACCGGAGUAUUCCCCAGCGGGCAACGACGACGACGAGGUAUUCUCCGACUCGAUACCUCCCAGACUACCGCGGGGCAACAUGUGCGCUCCGUACGCUACCAAACGGGGCUCCCUGCCGGGGCUGGUUGCACUCCCGGACUGGUUCGCCGAGGACCGAUUGAUGAUGGAGGAAGGUGGCAUCAUGGAGCCACCCACGACACCAAUCGGCCGUGACGAGUUGGCUCUGAGGCGGCACCGGUUCUUCUCGGAUCUGCUGAAUGCGGCCCACGCCGCCGUUGAGCACCGAGUGCGCUUUGAUCCGCUUGGACCGAUUGUGGCCAAGGAGGAGGAGGACGAAGUGUAUCCAGAUUGUGACCCGGAUCUGAAACCUUCAUCAUCACGUGAGUUGGAGCAUCUUAUCGAUCGUCUCGAAAGAAUAGUCGAUCGUCUUGAACGAACCGUUUCGGCACGGGAAUUGGAAGAAACACGUCGCAUCCUAAAAGGUGUCUGCGACGCCGGGAAAGCAGUAGUAUCGGUAACCGACGAGGCCACCGGAACCGACGAGGACGAAAAGUUAUUGGAUUCGAACUCGAAUAGUGAUCUUCCUACGGUACUUCCUUCGACACCGCCACCAUCGGCAUCCUACCUGCACCAGCAACUAGACAGUCUUGAAGCGACUCUCUUUCCUGAGCUUAACUCCGUUGAACCUACCGCUGCCAAGGAUCAACCUCAAGUAGACCAUUCGUUAGAUACUCUACCAACAGUAAUUGCGCAAGUAGUACUAGAUAAUUCAAUUAGUAGUAAUAACAGUAACGAUCAAGAGCAAAAUUCAGUAUUAGAAAUUGCUGACUAUCCUCCACCGGACGAGUUCUGCAGUACAACACAACCACCUCCAACAGACAGUAUGAGUGUAAACGCGUACGAGGACAUCCUUCUGGGCACGCUUGCCAACUUCCUGGCGCUGUCGGAGAAAAUUGGCGGAGACGUUGCGCAGCAGGCCGAUCUCGUUAAGCUCGCUUUCAAUGCCCAGUUCGCCUUUGUACGAACCGCAUCGGAAUCGAGUGCGCCGUCGAACAACGAUUUGCAGAAUCUGCUCAAACCAACAUCGGACCAAAUUGCCGCCAUUCAGAGUUUCCGGGAAAAACAUCGUACUUCGCAAUACUUCAACCACCUCUCGGCCGUCAGUGAAAGUAUUCCCGCCCUCGGAUGGGUCUGCGUGGCGCCAACCCCCGGACCGUACGUCAAGGAGAUGAACGAUGCAGGUCAGUUCUACACGAAUCGUGUACUGAAAGACUGGAAGGAGAAGAGUGCCACCCACGUGGAGUGGGCCCGUGCGUGGAUUCAAACCCUGACUGAAUUGCAGCAAUACAUCAAACAGCACCACACCACGGGACUGGUUUGGGCCGGUAAAAGCAAACCCGUCGUGGGUGGGGCUGGUGCUCCCCCACCACCGCCGCCGUGCGGUCUGCCCCCACCACCGCCGAUGAUGCCUCUCGGUGAUGUGUCUGCUGCCGGAGGUGGUGACGAUAGAAGUGCCCUGUUUGCGCAAAUCAAUCAAGGAGAGGAUAUCACCAAAGGGCUCAAAAAGGUCACCUCGGAGAUGCAGACGCACAAAAAUCCUUCCCUGCGGUCCGGCCCUGCACCGUACAAGGCUCCGGCCGGCAUUACCAAUGGAACCAAGCCGGUCAGUGCACCCGUCACCAAGCCGCCGUCGUUCGUUCGCGAUGGCAAGAAGUGGCUGAUCGAGUACCAAAAGGGCAACAGCAAUCUGAUGGUCGAAGACGCCGAGAUGAACAACGUGGUGUACAUGUUCCGGUGCGAGAACUCUACCCUGACGAUCAAGGGUAAAAUCAACAGCGUCGUUAUGGACUCGUGCAAGAAGUGCUCGCUGGUGUUCGAUUCGCUGGUGGCAUCCGCCGAGUUUGUCAACUGCCAGAGUGUGCAGAUGCAGGUUCUCGGAAAAGUUCCGACGAUUUCCAUUGACAAGACUGAUGGAUGUCAAAUGUAUCUGUCGGCAGACUCGUUGGAUGUCGAAAUCGUGAGUUCGAAGUCGUCCGAGAUGAACGUAAUGAUUCCUAAGGGAACCAGUGGAGAUUAUGUUGAGCAGCCUAUUCCGGAGCAGUUCAAGACCCUCAUCAAGGGCGAGAGUCUGAACACCACCUGCGUGGAAAGCCUUGGUUAAAAGAAAAGCGAACUCCACGCUCUAGAGGUUGGACAAAUUUUCUAUCGGUAUAGUAACGAGAGCAAAAGCAAAUUAUAUCAUUUCAAGAAACAAACAAACUUAUAACUAAACUAAGAAAAGUAACAGUUAAAACAAUUUUAUACCUAACGAUCCUAGGAAAAGAGAAAAGCUCACUAACACACUUCAUGCAUUUUUGUCUUCGAUGCUAUCGCUAGUCAUUUCUUGAUUUUCUACUGCAAAUUCGACUCAAUUUCAUUUGACUUGACCGUUGGAUUCACCUUCCAACCCCAAUUAUACAAAAACGCAAGGCAUUUUUAGCAAUCAAAUAAAUAACCAAUAGAGUUGCAACUGUUUUCAACGAGUAAAUAGCUAAAGCAAAUAUAUAACCAUCAAUGUGUGUCCCAUUUCGAUCGUUUUGCGAUCUGUAUUCAAAUCGACGUUCAAAUUAGAUGGAAUCCUGCCUUGAUUUAAAAGAUUUCUACUUAACAUAGGUAAACAGCUGCUCUAUCUAUUUCUUAUAUGCUUUUACAUGCAGUUCAGAAAACAACUGGCGCCGUCUAUUUACGCGUUGAAGAAAAUUCGAUAACCACUUUUUACUUCUUUUAUUUGAAGAAAUUAGUAAGCAAACUGCGUUUGAGUAUUCAGGCGAGCAUCGCCAAAUCCAAAUUCUUUUAUUAAUCAUUCAUCGAUAAUCGAGCCAGAUUAGCCACGCGCAAACGGCGUAAUUUGUAACUUUAUAUUGACGAUGACGAGGAACGAAGCAGCAGGUGAAAAAUAAAGUUUCGGCGUUUAGCAUUAUAUCUAUAGUAUGUAUCCUUAUAACCUAGUGCGCGGUCAUCAAGGCAUGUGAUUCAUCGUAUCGAAGGCAUUGUGAAAGGAAAGGUUUUUUUUUUUGAAACUGGUUUGUAUUUUAAAACAGUACUCUACACAGUAAAAUAUAUAACGGUAACGAUAA